UUACUCAAGCCUCAGUUGACACUCAACUGAUAUCAUUUGGAUUAAAUUAAAAAUAUAUAUAUAUUCAUUAUACGAUAUUACAAAUAACGAAACAAAAAUGUGUCUCUGCCUCGUAUCAUGUAUUGUAAAAUACAUUUUGAUUUCUAUAAAUCUCAUUUUAACCUUAGUUGGUUUAGCCAUCAUAGGGUUGGGUGUAGGUUUGCUCAUGAUACUACGGAAUGUUGAAAAUGCGGAGCCAGAUGAUUUUAACUUAUUACCGAUAUUGAUAAUCGUGGUGGGCUGUGUCAUCACUAUCAUCUUCUUCCUCGGAUGCUGUGGCGCUAUGACCAGGAAUAUGUGCAUGUUAAUAUCGUACUCCGUCAUUAUAGUGAUUCUGGCCAGUUUGACUGUCGGAUUGACAGUGAUGCUCUCACACAACACAACAUCUGUAACAGACAUGGCAACUGAAAUGUUUAACGGUACUGACGACAUGGUUUUAAAUUCAUUUGAAUCUGUGCUGAAGUGUUGCGGCACCACCGGUCCAGAAUCGUAUUUGAACACCUCCCUACCUUUAUCAUGCUGUCCAGAAGCAUUAAUGAAUAUACAACAAAUUCAACAGAAUAUAGACUUUUCUUCCAUUAGCACAGAUAUUAACGUAAAUGCAAAAGAACUUUGCAGUAUAAAUGAUGCUUUUCCAGAGGGAUGUGUGGCGAUAUUGAAAAACAUUCUAAAUACAGCGAUCAAUAUUCUCAUUUGUAUAUGCAUUGGCGAGUAUUUGGCAGCAGGAAUGGCCAUCUUCUUUACUUGUUCCAUCAGAAGAAGGAAGUGAUGUCCAGCGAAAACGAUGUCGACAUAGUAUGUUUGAUAUUACAAAUCUAAGCUUAA